UGCACUUUUCCUGAAGUGUCAUUAGCUCCUGGUAAUAGAGGGACAAAGAGCGUAAGGCCGGGUGAUGUGGGGCUCUUCAGAUUUCCCCACUUAAACUGUGUGGUAAAGCCGUCAGGAUCGAGGCCCGUGCAUUUCAUCUGGUGCGCGUGCAUGUCCUCUUCCAUUUCUCAAGCUAGAAGUUUCCCCACCUUUUGCGGAUUUUUCCAUAAUCUCAGCUCUUUGAAGAGUCCAGGCCACUUGUCUUCUGUGGGGUGGUCCGUAGUCUGGAUUUGUCGACCCUCAUGGUUUCACUUGACUUGCUCUUCUCCCUCCUCUGCUGGGCCUUCUGUGAAAGGGCCUGGGUGCCUGGAUUAACAGAAGCUCGGGAUGCAAGACAAGGACACUGUCGUGGGUCUGGGCGAAGUGUUCAGUUAUUCCAAAUGAUCAGUCUGUCUUCAAGCCUCACUUCUCUCCUCUCUCCUUCCUAGGACUGUGAGGAAUGUAUCCAGCUAGAGCCCACCUUCAUCAAGGGCUACACCCGGAAAGCGGCCGCCUUGGAGGCGAUGAAGGACUACACGAAAGCCAUGGACGUCUACCAGAAGGCCUUAGAUCUGGACUCCAACUGUAAGGAGGCGGCGGACGGUUACCAGCGCUGUAUGAUGGCCCAGUACAACCGCCACGACAGCCCCGAAGACGUGAAGCGACGGGCCAUGGCCGACCCUGAGGUGCAGCAGAUAAUGAGUGACCCGGCCAUGCGGCUCAUCCUGGAGCAGAUGCAGAAGGACCCCCAGGCGCUCAGCGAACACUUAAAGAAUCCUGUAAUAGCACAGAAGAUCCAGAAGCUGAUGGAUGUGGGUCUGAUUGCAAUUCGGUGAUGACUUGCUCAUCAUCCCCUUCCCUUUGCCCUCAUGUGGAAAGAGGAGCUGGGACCGCAGCUAGCAGCGCGGAGCAGAGGGGAGAGCAGGGGAAAGUGAACAACUUCUCUCUAUAUAUUUAUAUAGACCUAUGUGGAAGAUACAGAGACUCGUAUUCACGUUACUCGCACCGCCGCUGCCUCUGGGCCCUCCCAGCACACGCAUGGUCUCUUCCGCUGUCCUCGGGUUCCCUGUUCCCUUCCCUGCCCUCAGUCGCCGUCUCAGCUGCUCUCCCAUAGUUGGUUAUUUUUUAUUUGGGGCAGUGGGCAUGUGUGGGGAGGGGAGGCUCUUCUCCCCCAACCUCCGGGCCAGCUGUCUUCACAUUGUUAACUCCACGUGCCCUUCUCCAAUAAAACAAGCCAGUCGGGCGUGGUUAUACA